CCAGCAUCAACAGGAGCACCAGCAGGAUGGGGACGAAGGCCAGGACGAGGACCAGGACCAGGACGGAACGGAGACCAACAGCAGCAGCACUGCCCAGAACAGCUAUACCAAAGACGCGAAUUCCAAUGCAGGCAUGCGAUUGCCAGAGCAGAGAGGAAGGUCCGGCUCCAUGCAUGCCUCCGUCAGUCAUCCAACACGGGACAGGAUUCUAAUGCCAAACCGCUCAUCCAUCACCAUCGGCAUCGCCAACAGCCAAGGCAUCGGCAGCAGCAGUCGAAACACAAGCAGCUCCAGUCUUUCGCGUCUGCACUCGCUCCACCAGGCGGAAGCUAUGCACAGCUCCAGCAGCAUCCACAUCGGCAACACUUCUUCCUCUAAUCUCAGUCGCGACUCGUCCCCGCGGCCUGGCCGGUUUCCCUCCCCUCCCACUGCAGCUGCAAUCCCUACACGUCGCAAAAGCUCCUUCGACAACCUCGGCUCUGCAUCUGGGACUUCCUCUGCAGCGUCAUCGUUUGAGUCUGGCAGGAUCUUGAGGAGGCCAUCGGAUCAGCUGGCUUCGGCCUAUCAGCCAAUGCAUGGUCGUGCUUCGAGUCCCCAUAACCAUCACCACCAUCAUCAUCAUAGUGGCAGCAUGGGAUUGCUGGCGCAGACAACUGGGUCCACAUCCUCUGGCGCAGAGUCCAGCGGCAGUAGUACAAAGUUCAAAAGCAUUCCAAUCCCUCAGCCCCUUCUCACCCGUCGCUCCAGUCGCUCGUCUCUUUCCUCCAAUGACUCGGAUGAGGUGUCGCAUCAACAUCAGCAUCAUUAUCGUAGCAUCAACAGCAACAUGCCGGUACAUGAAUCCCCGCGGUCUGGACAAUUUCAUCAUCCUAGGAUAGGAAGCGCCAGUCGGAGACCAUCGAAUUUAGCAACGUCUGUGUCUAAUAGCCUCAGUGAUUGGGAUCAAAGCUCCUUUAUACCGAAAACAUUGCCUGGAGGAGGAGGGGGCACAGGAGGAAAUAGCACAGGAGGUUCAGGUUUAGGAGGCAGUGGAGCAGUCAAUGCAGGUGGUAGUGGUGGCAAGUAUCUCAUUCGAUCCAGAAGGACCUCGUGGAUAGAUGCAGGAGGCCACUCAGAAUACGGGUCGACACCCUCGUCACCCAGACCCAUUGGAAGAGUUCGGUCUAGGAGAGCAUCGAUCACGGAUGAGCUAUCGCUGGACGACUGGUCGCCGACUCGGAGUCAAGGCACGCCUUCCCUCAAUACCUACUCGACAUCAAUACCGACAGGUUCCUUCUCACAAUACAUGGCACAAGAAAGGAGAUCAAGGGCCGGAUCACCAAUGACAGGACAGAGCAUUGCUUCGCUUAUGGAAGUUGCCGCGCUCAACAACCCCUUUGAGAACAUGAGGAGCCCUGGAUCAAGCGACACCGUACGUGACAGGAAUUCUGACAGGGGAAGGGAUUCCCCAUCCCCUUCAAUCUCGCGGAGUUCCUCAGUGUCGGGACGAUAUCUUGUCAAGUCAAGAAAGGCUUCCUUCAUUGACAUGAACUCGGCAAACGAUUUUGAUCAAUCAUCACAGCAGCACCUCGGUACCACUCAGCAUUCGCUCCUUGCCACAGGCAUCAGGACGCCACUCCUCGCUCGCUCACCCAACAUUUCACCAAAGGGGUCACCCAAAGGUUCACCAAAAAUCAUGCCCAUGGUGAGAUCCUCAGCCUCGAGCCCAUUGGCCGGACCGGCUUUGUCCGGAGUAGUCAUACCCGGUAGGCCAUCCCCAGUCAUGUCGUCUCCAAGCGUCAAAGUUGGACACAGUCGACAGGCGUCCAUCACAGAUGUAGAUGCGCAUGAACGGAGGCUUAGGCGCCAAGCAGGGAAUCGUUUCCAUUACGAGUCUGGAUUUCGACCAGCAACGGAUGUAUCGUCAGACAAGGAUAGUGUUGAUGUCGACGUGGAAGCUCUCUCGUUGGACAGCCCAAAGUCAACGGGCUAUAUUGGCAGGUACCAGAAUUCGAAAGGCUCUGCUCCGGGCCUCGAUCAAGCUGCAGUUCAGUUUGCUGCUAGCCGUGAUAGCGACAACAAUGUCUCUGUCCCGGAGCUACCUCAUUCCAACUAUUUGGAUUCUGUUGACUUUGUCAAUGCAUUUAAGACUCAUGGGCAACCCAAGAUACCCGACCCAAACCAGGCGAAGCCCAUCAGGAGACGAUCUUUCGACUCUAUUGAUCCAUCCAUGCUCCAUGCUGAGAUUAUUGCGCAGACUAGGAGAGCAAAACUGGAGAAAUGGAGGCCCGAUUUGUUUGAGGCGAUCGCUGACUCCAGGUCUGAGUCAGCCUCGCCAUCUCAAGGAUCAGACAACGCAGGAAACUUAACGCCGGCAUCUGAUAAAAUCAUCUGGGUCGACUGGCUAGAAGAGUACCAGGCGGAAAAGCAGGCGCGUCUCAUGCGCCUGAAGGACAAGUCGCUUUCGCCAGCACUUUCAUUAUCAGUCUCUCCCCCGUCGAGUGGUCAGGGUGUGCGAGGAGAUGUUAGAUCCAUGUCCAUCCUGUCUGGGACAUCACCAGUGUCACCAUCAUCAGCAGGAUCGCUCUCUCCAACAGCGCGUCGGUCGAAAGCACCUCAUGGACUCCGGAUAGAUUCCCGAUCACCUUCAGGAGUCUCUAUAUCCAGCCAGAAGAGCCAGCAAUCUCUAAAAGGAGGGCUCGGUCCCAAGCUUGUAAACUGGUGGAAAUCGGUGCGCAGAAAGUCCAUGUCGCUGGUGCAUCCGCGCAAGUCUAUCGACUCACCGGCACUGCCAGGAGAGUCUAGCAAAUCGAAGGCUCGUGAUUCAACACCGUUGCCAGAUAUGGAACCAAAGCAAGGGCAUGCUGAGCCUGCCAGCUCCUCUUCCAGCCCGCCACCACACCCACUCAAGGAAUCGUUUGUUUCUCAUUCGUUAUUUGAGAAGCCAAGCAACUCGAAACCGGGACCGCUUGUCUUAACAACAGCCUUGAACCCGACAGAGACAAGUCCAACAAAAUCUACCGCCACAAGGACAUCGCCUCGCGAGAAGCCAGGACUCUCAAUCCAAGUGAACAUGUCUCCAUCCCUCGUGAGACGUGGCUCUGUAAUGGUACGGACAUCAUCUUUCUCUGCAGGGAUCAAUUCUGCCAAUGCUCCCGAAGGCAGCCCCCAGCAAGCCGGACCGGAACGAUCCAACAAAACGAUCCGCAGUAUGUUGGAGCAGUACAAGGCAGAAUGCGAUGAGGAGAUGCGAAAAAUUAUCGACGGCCUUAAUGAGUAUGUGGAAAAGGGACUCAACUACGUGGAGGAUCUCGACAACAUGCCGGAUUUUUCUGCUCAGCAGUUAGACCAAAAUGAGGUCGAAGAGAUCGAAGGCUGGAUUGAGAACAGUCAGAUGGAAAUGGAAGAGGAUGACGCUACCCAGGAACUCGAUAACGAUAGGGAAUUCGACAGCGUCAACGAUCAAGCUUUGUACGAGGACGACAAGACUCCUCGGACAGAUUACACGAGUGAGCAUCAGGAAUUCAGCGAGGGGUAUUUCCCAGAAGUAUCGGACAGCGAGUCACCCAUCGCAGAAGAGCGCAAGUUGCGGUCCAUGCGCGAUUCAGGAGAGUGGUCCCCAUCGCCUUCUUGGAAUGGUGGCAGCAUACCUUUGCAUCGCAAGAUCGCGCGAGAUGGCCGACAGCGAUCACACUCGCGUGUCUCUUCUCUCUCACGCAGGCCCAACUCGAACGCCGGCUAUUCGCCCAACACGCCUCUCAACGCCUCGCCCAGCGCCAAUGUCACUCUUAUUUCAGAGGAUUCUUAUCAGCCAACACCCUUCAUUCUCACAUUACAGGAGCUUAUUUCGGUUGCACAACUCAUGCUGGAUACACCGCUGAAGACUAUUUUGGACAACAAGGGUGCUUGCACCAAUUUUGUGACAAAACUUCAGGUGAUUGGCAAAGCGUGGGACUACAAUCGCAAUUGGCCUUGCAGGGCAUGGUAUGUGAAGGCACUUUUGGCCGUCGCUGGAUUGGCCCGAGUGGUGCAAUGGUGGGAGGCGGAGCGCAACCACUGGAUGCAGAGCGCCAACAUUUCUAUCAAGACCAAAGAUGCAUCUCGUCCCACCAGCAUUCAUGUCAAUAAGCAGGAUCCAGUAAUCCAAUCAACUAUUCAACCUGCAGAUCAGAACAGCAAUGCACAGAAACUUGGCAAGGAUGUCUUCGCGGAUGAUGAGAAGUCUAGUGAUCAGGACACACCGUUUUUGAGCCACCCUAAAGCUGUUGGCGCUGCGACGCAGGAAGAUAUGGCUAACACGUCUGCUGCGGACAUGGAUGUGGAUACCACCAAGGAUGAAGAAGAUCUUGUCAGCAUGGAUGUCUUGGCCAGCCUUCUGGAAAAGGACACGGACGAACAAGUAAGGCUGACGAAGGAAGAUAUCUUACAGCUGAAGCGUGAGGCGGAGAGGGGCCAGAGUAAGAAUGUCGUGAUGGAACUCAGUCUUGAUAUGGACGAUAUCAUGAUCUUGUACCUCAGUCCAAGCUGGACAGAGCUUUUAGGAUCUGAUUGGCAGGAGCUCAUGGACACGCCUAUCUGCACCUUUUUGACCGAGGACGAGGUCAAUGUCUUUAGGGAUGCGACACAACGACUCUUGGAGGAUGAUCAAUCGACCUUGGAGCUGACAUUCCAUAUCCUUUCAGAGUUCAGUCCUCCUUCAUCUUUUGACGACACGAGUUCCAACCAGUCUGAGCACUUCACCUACAUUCAAGGAGUCAACCACCUCGGGGAGACGGGCCACUUUCUCAAGAUGAUUGGACGAGGCAUGCUCAUCUAUGACCGCACAACAUGCGAGCCUGUUCGAACAAUGUGGGCGAUCCAGCCACACCUUAGUCCGGAUGAAAACACGCUGUCCUCAUCCGGUUCAGUUAUGUCUGCUCUCUCUGAGAACUCUGAAGAGGACGCAGAGCAACGAAGCCAUAACGAAGACGAGAGAGCGCAGGAUCCAGACCAAAUCAAGAGCCAAGAUGAGAUAUACCAGCGAACGGCGGCAGAGAAUGCGGCGCUUCAUCAACAGCUGAUACCGCUUCAGGAAAUCCGAUGCAACAUCUGUGAGCGCAUGAUCAUCUCGCUUUACUUCGAAAAGCACUCUGGCAUCUGCUCUGAGUGGCAUAAGAUCGAGAUGGAGCUUCAGCUUUGUAAUGACCUCUUGCGUGAGCUCAUCACUCAUAUCAGCACUUUGAAGGAGCCACUCACGGCUCAUCCCUCGACAUUAGAGGAGGGCGCUCCGAUGAUACAGGACCUGGAUGCCCUCAACAAUCUCCAGACCAUCUGUCGGACAGCGUUAGCAAUCUCGACUCCUGGACGCGACGCAGAUCCCGACGAUAAGUUAUCAAGCAAGGAAUCGAUGACACGGGUUGCCAUCCAAUCGCCAGCAUCAGAGUCACGCAUGUCCGAAGUCUUUCGCUGGGAAGCUCCGGCGACGAGCGAUAUUUCCAUUAUGGCUGUGAGCGACAGGGUCGACGCUGCUAUCCAUCACAAGGCAGCGCUCGUGGCGGACAUGAGGCAGAUUGCAGAAGAGGAUGAGCGCGAGCAAAGCCGGGGAUACGGUCUGGAAGAGGAGUUUGCAGCUCAAUGCACUGUCGAAGGCGUGACCGUCCCCCAGCUGGUGGAGCAGCAGGCCUCGCCCGUGGAUGCUGCACCGCCGCCUUCGUCAGCAGAUCUCUCUAGGACUGCAUCAACAUCUUCAGGUCUUGGAACAGGCGCCGCAUCCGACUCUGCAGAGUCAUCGACAACCGUUGUCAAGAUGAGCAAGGUCGACAAGCUGCCUGCUGAGGCUAAUCCGGUUCUUCAGGAGGACAAGAUCGGCGAAAACAGUCAAUUCACCAACGCUGGCCAGACUAGCCAGACGAACAUGGGUAGCCAGGCGUCUCAGAGCAGCCAGGUAUCCCAGGAUAGCCAGGGCAGCCAGACGAGUUCAGCGUCGGUUGCUACGCGAAAACAUCGUCCCUCGUUUGUCGAUAUCCACUCUGCCUCGUCCUUUUUCCCAGAAGCCCGUCUUUCGCCUCGGACUGCAGGUAGAUUCCUCGCCCCCCAUUCAGCUGACGGCUCACCCACAGACAACACAUCGCCUUCGACUCUGAUGAAAUCGCCGCUCUCGCCUUCGUUUCCUCAGCCAACUCCUCUUACUCGCCCUACGCCACCCAGCAUCAAGGACUUUGACUUCAUCAAACCCAUUUCCAAAGGAGCGUUUGGCUCGGUCUUUUUAGCGAAGAAGAGGGCGACUGGUGAUUACUAUGCGGUCAAGGUCCUCAAAAAGUCAGACAUGGUGGCCAAGAACCAGGUGACCAAUGUGAAGGCAGAGCGCUUAAUUCUGAUGAACCAGACCGAUUCGCCCUUUGUGGUCAAUCUGUACUUUUCAUUCCAAAGCAAGGAUUAUUUGUAUUUGGUUAUGGAGUAUCUCAAUGGAGGCGACUGCAUGGCACUCAUCAAGGCUAUUGUGCGCCUACCUGAAGAUUGGGCGAGGAAUUAUUUGGCGGAGGUCGUUCUUGGACUGGAGUAUCUUCAUAAUGCAGGCAUCGUUCAUCGCGAUUUGAAGCCGGACAAUCUUUUGAUUGAUCAGAAUGGGCAUUUGAAGCUCACAGAUUUUGGUCUUUCACGAGUCGGUUUCUUGGGACGCCAGGCACAGACCGAUAGGAGGUCCAAGGCCCCCAUGCCCUCUCCCUAUCCAGAGUCGAGACCCAUGUCACCAUAUCUCUUUUCAAACGCAGUGGAUUCCAGUCAUGAGUCGACUAUCCCGAUGAUUCCGACACCCAAGCUGGGGCCUUCUAACCCAUCCUAUUUUAGCUGGAGCGAAAGAAGCCGACGGUCAUCGAAUGCCAGUAUGACUUCUAUAGAUGGGCGGUCCCCUGUAGUUGGAAUGCCAGCAGCAGAAAUGCCAAAGUUACCCGCAGCUGCUGUGUUGGCUUCUUCGUCCUCCAAUGCGGCCUUUCCACUUUCAGAAAGCAGCGUCAAGUCCUCAAGCUCGUAUCUUUCAGGGGCACUCCUUCCUCUUAAUUCGAUGUCGCCCAAGGUUUCGCAUGGUAAUUCGCCACUGAUGCCUCCGUCUUUCUUACUGAAUGACUUGAAGGAGGAAGCGCCAGAGAAGUGCGUCGGAACACCGGAUUAUCUUGCGCCAGAGUGUGUCCUUGGCAUGAGUCAGGAUGCCAUGGUCGAUUGGUGGGCCCUAGGUGUAAUUUGCUACGAGUUUCUCUACGGAUGCCCGCCUUUCCAUGGAGAGACGCCCGAACAGGUGUUCGAAAACAUUCUUUCUAGAGACAUCGAUUGGCACGAGUCGGAGCUAGAGAUUUCACCGGAGGCUCGCGACUUUAUGGAGCGAUUGUUGUGCAGCGCUCCGGAACAGCGUCUUGGAUUCAACGGUGCUGAAGAGGUCAAGAAUCAUCCCUUCUUCAAGGAGAUCAACUGGGAUACCUUACUCUCAGAGAGACCAGCGUUCGUGCCCGCGCCAGCAGACAUUGAAGACACAGACUACUUCGACGUGAGGGGCGCAAAGAUGGGCUCAUUCAAGGAGGAUAUUCCCGAACUGAAGGACGUCCAAGCCAUUGCCAAUGCUCUCGCGAAGCGCAAUAGCCUUGCACCAACACAGCCAGCGAGCCCAGCUAUCUCAGAGGGCUCGAUAUCGACGCCUCCUGCUUUGUCAUUGGAUAGCAACCAGUUGGAUACGUCAGUGACACCUCGUGCCCGAACCCCAACGCAUCAAGAAGACGAGGCCACCUCUAGCCCGCCUGAGUCAGCCAAGGAUGAGCCAGGGGCCGACUUCGGUACAUUUGCAUUCAUCAACCUUCCUGUUCUCGAAAAGGCGAAUAACGAUGUGAUUCGAAAGUUAAAGGGCGACAGUGCGAUGGCUUCCAAUGGUGGCAGCAGUCUGUCUUCAUCUGUCUCUGAGCUCUCGGCAGAGACUCCAGGAACACCAGGCUCGACUGGCUAUGUGAGCAGCGCAAGCAUCACGAAGAGUAAACAUCGGUCCAUGAAUUCUAUGAAUGCGUUGACCAAUACUCCGCCAUUACGAUUUGAGGGUAAGAACUAUUUUUCGUAUUCGCCCAAGAGCUCGCCUUCUUCAAGCGGAUCGGCCGGCACUAGCGGCAGCCAGCAGCAAGGAGGAGGUGGAAGCACGCCUCAGGAAGGCAGUGAACAUCACCCUCAGAGGUCAGCAUCUGUUCCGGUCGCAUUUGGCGAGGACUAUAAGGAGAGGAUCUCACCUCUGGAUCUCUCACAAGCAUCGCGACGAUCGUCGAUGCCUUUGCGCCCACGGACCCAAAGCGCUGGAGGCGCAGAUAUCCAUCCAUUUGUUAUACCCGACUCGGCGUCUCCUAUUUCACCUAUGGGGCCUGGCAAGAAUCUGCCUUUGGCCCAUCAUACGCGUGAUCGUAGAAGCGGCAGCACAGGCAGUGGAUCAGGACUACGCUCAAGUCGACACUCCCUUAAGGCAGCGGCGACAUUGCGGUCGACGACUAAGGGAGUUGUCCGCAAGGCAAACAGGACGCGAGAUUGUCUGGUCGUGGAUGAUAACCCGAUCAGUGCCAAGAUUCUGGAGACGAUUUUGACACGCCUCAACUGCCGGUGUGUUGUGAUGCGAAACGGAGCGGAGGCGAUUCGAUGCGCUAUGGGAAGCGUCAAAUUCGACAUUAUCUUUAUGGACAUCCGCAUGCCUAUCAUUGAUGGUGAGACCGCGACGAGGAUGAUCAAGUCAACGCAGAACACGAACUCAUUGACGCCGAUUGUUGCAGUCACUGCGUUCCCAGAUUUGGCAGCACAGAUCUUUGAUUACAUGAUGGUGAAGCCAGUGACGCGCGAGGAGAUUGAGAAGCGACUGCAGUUCUUUUGCCCGAUCCAGUCAAAUGUGAGUGAGACACCGACGCCGGGACGAGAGAAUGCACCGACCACAGGGCAGUGGGUUGGAGAUGGGUUGAUGAAAGCCAGGUCUGGGUCGGUGUCGUCUACAGCAACAUCGAUGUCGACGCGACCGGCGGCAGUGGUGGCGAUGGAUCGAGAGCGGGGGAGAGAUAGAGAUUCGAAGGAAAAGGAGGAGUUAGAGCGCCAAGGUGGAAGUGGACUGGCGGUGAUGGAGGGACAGAGUCAAGAACGAUGCUCUUCUGGUAGCUUGACGCGGCCUGUGCAGAUCACGGAAAAGGAAGAAGGAGAGGAGGCAGCAGCAGUCUAGAUGCGAAAGAAAGUAAGGCAGAGCGACACAUUCAUGACACGACAUAUAAAGAGCACAAGUUUUGCAGAGGAUGUAUAUACGAAGCGGUAUGUAAAGAUUACCAGUUUUGCAAAGGAUUGAAGGCCUGUUUGAUUAGAUGUUUUCUCGCAAAGAGAGCAGGAUACUUCUGUGGAUGUUGCUUUGACAUCAAAAGGGAUGGGUGAAAAUGAGUGUGUUAGAUGCAGUUGUUCGAG